AUGAACUCGCUCAAGGUCCCGGAAGGCGGCCUGCGGUUGACGGAUCCCGGCUCCGAGUCGAAUCUGCCGCCUCAGGCUUUCCACGUGCAGCUCGACAAGUCGACGAUUGAGUCCAUCAUCCAGGCGUCACGUAGCGGCGAGGAUCUUCGCCUUUCGCUGGGUUCAACUCCCUCUAUUCAAUACGGCUCCAAGUCGCACCGCAUCGCUCCCCCCAACGAUUCUGCCGAUUACGACCUAUACCUUACUCGGCCCUUCGAGUCCACCCGCCACGCGGAGCGAAUCCCAUACACAAGCAAUGUCUUUGCGAAGCCUGGUAGGCCCUCCCGCAAGGCGUCUACUCCGGGGCUGGAUUCUGACAUUGAGGCUUUGCAAAACGGUUUAGCCGCACAUGAGGCAGCGCGAGAGAGAGCUCGCAUCGCAAAAGUGCCCGAGGCCAAGGCGUUGGCCAAGUCGAGGGCCAAGCCCAUUUCCGACUAUGGCUCCAAGACGGCCUCUCUGCCCACCUCGCCCAGCAUCCAUGACAUCACCUCGCCCUCGCUGAACCCGACACUCACUGCCUCCCAGCAGGCUAUGGAACGUGCCAAGGAGCAGAGAGUGGUUCUCGUUCACGAGUUGGCCGCCAAAGACCGGUCGACCGAAUACCUCAAGAAGAAGUGGGACGGCAACGAGCACGACUUCCAGCCGACGCUCGAAAAGGUGGCCGAGCACAACGCCGCCACAGAUACGUGGACCAUGCGCAAGACGUACUGGAAGGAGCUCGACGUUUGGAGCUACAACUACCCCUCCCAAGAGGAGCGACAGACUGCCAUCGACAACGCGAUCCGCCAAUACGACAAGCAGAGGAUCUCUUCCUCGGAGGCUGUGUGGCAGAAGCUGCUCCCCAAGGAGGAGCGCGGCAAGGGAAAGUGCUUGAGCCGGCUGCAGGCCUCCAUCGCCAUGGGCGCGCCCAAGAUCAAGGUGCAAAAGGCAGACGACGGAUUCACGUCCGACGAUGGCAUGGGCGGCGACAAGGCCAAGGCUGGAGGGGAGAAGAUGUCACGAUCAGCCUCCAAUCCCCUCCCGGCCAAGGCGAAGAAACCGACCAGUCAGGAGGCACAGGUCAAACGGUUACUCGGUCCCUCCAAGGCUGGUGUCUCCAAGGCCAAGGCGAAACCCGCUCCUGCGAAGACUUCUCCCACCAAGGCCAAGGCUGGUGCCUCCAAGGGCAACGACAAACGCAUACUGUCCCAGGAAAUCAUUGUCAACUCGGAUGACUCGGGCGAUGAGGCUCCGGCUGCGCCUCCCGUUGCCAAGCCGAAGCCGAAGCCUGUGGCUUCCAAGGUCAAGGACACCGUCAUCGUCGCCGGCCGGCCGCCCGCCAAGGCCCCGACUCGGCCAUCAGCGCCCGCCAAGAGGCCUCGGGAAGAGGAGGACUCCAGCUCCAGCUCCGGAACGCCGCUGUCGAAGCGCAUCAAGCCGAGACAGCAGGCAUUGCCCGCGCUCAAGCACCGCCCGUCCGACGCCAGCGUCAACUCCCGUGGCACGGCUGUGUCGUCAUCCUUCAAGAGCAAGAACACGUCGCCGACCAAGUCAUCCCCUCUGGCUUCCUCGCCGCCAACGAAUGCGUCCGACCUCGACAACGACGCACCACCACCUGCCCCGAAGAUGAAGCGAAAGGAGGAUACGGCGUCCAAGAAUUCGGCGGCGAAGCGGCGCGCGGCCGAGAACGUCUCGUUGGAUAUCCUACGUAAGGCUAAUAAGUUUAAGGCUUACUACCAGCAAUAUGAAGCAUUGCACCACGAGAUCUCGGCAUUGGAUAACCCGCCCCACGAAAAGCUGGCCGACCUGCUGGAUAUGAGGGGCCGACUUGAGAACCUGAAGAAGGAGAUUUACCGGGAGUGCUCGCCCGUGUGA